AUGAAGGGAACCCUGGGAAAGGCGUUGUGGCGCCUGGAAGCAGAGCUUCUAGCGCCUUCCCGAGGGUUGAAAGGCCUCAGGGGGGUCCUGCACGCCGUGGCGGAUGCUGUGGAAGAGUCUUUGGCCAGAGACUUUCCUGCGGAUUCUGAGGAAGAAGCUGUGGCACUGCUGCCUGUGAGCCCCCUAACCCAUUUCUCCCCGACGAAGGCCUCCCUCUCGGCAGCCAUGCGCGUCGCUGCACCCUUCGUGUGGGUUUCGCUUGACGGCUGCGAUGUGCGUUCAGAGUUGGCGUAUUUGUGCGACUUGUGCAUAUGGCUGCGCCGCUGCCAGUGGCGCUCAGUCUUCACUCGCGGCUGGUCUCUUCAUCACCUCCCGCAGCUCGUGAGGCGCAGGCCUCACUCCGCCUGCAAUAGUGUCGCGGCAGCCGUCGAAGGUAGAGACUCCACAGAUGGCGCCAACUUCGCAGACAGCGCAGACAGCUCAAUGCAGGAUGCAGCCACGGCAUAUCCGGGCAAGCACGAAGGAGAAAAGCCUCCUGGGCUUGCAGCUUCCUCCGAAGGUUCUUUUGCAAACGUGGAAGGCGAUCUGGCGGAAGUAUUGAAGGCACAAGCGGCACAGUGCUGCUCUCAGGGCUCCUCUUUGCUGCUGGCUUUGCGCAGUCGCUGUGCCCUUGUGGUGGCGAUUGCCGGAGUUUUCGUCUUUGCUCAGGCAAACAUCACUGGGCCCUCCUUCGGACGAGUGAGCGCUACCGAGCUGCUCGAGGUCAAGAGGACGGAGGAGGGACGCAAGCGGCAUCCAGACCUCUACCCUUCCAAGCAGCUGCCCCCCGCAGCGGCGGCGCAUGCAGCCUCUCGAAAGGGCUGCUGCUGCUGCUGCUUCUACUGCGGCAUGUGCUCUCGGGAGGAGGCGCUGGCAGGAGUCGCUGCGGCUGCGGGGACCGCAACUGCAGCCUCCAUGCAGCAGAAGCGCUGCUAUUGCGAAUUCGAACUUCGCGACGCGUGCGUCUUGGGGAGUCCUUCCGAGGCAGCAGCACAGGCGGCCUUGCAUUUCCAACCGCUUCAGAGCAUGCUCACGGUCGACGGAGAGUUGUUGCCUCCGGGCUUCAGCUGUACAUCCAAGGAGGCGGUCGAUCUGGAUGGCUUGUUGCGGGCUGCUGACUUCGGCGCCUUUGAUGCCAGGGAGCGACAGGAGGCCAAGCAACUCAAGGAAGACAUCCUCAAUAUACUCCCCAACCAACAGGCUCGGUUCUGUCUCACGCCUCCUCUGCGAGAUCCUGCUGCUAGUGUCCCAGCGGAGGAGCCCACAACGCACCUGCUGCUGCGGCAGUCAACCGAAGACCCCCGCUUGACUGGCCUCGCCGUCCUCCUGCCAGAUCCUGCUUGGAUGACACCCCGAGACAGGACCUUGCUACUCCUGGAGCUGGCCCUGCGCCUCGCGGUCUUUGGGCGCGUCGAGAUCUUUGAUUCUGUGAACACCAUGGCAUGUGAGGCUUUUGGCGUCGAAUUCGUCAUAACGGGGGCUCCUGGCAUUCGCAGAAAGUAUCAGCAAGUUGAACUCCCGCAGUUGGUAGUUGGCGCAACCCGGAAGAGCAGAUCUUCUGAUCCCGAGGAGUGCAAGGGGGGCGCUCACCCACGGCCUAGGGGCCCACUCCCAACUAUGGAGCCGACUUAUACGGGUCACUGCCCGACCAGCAGCAGUAGUGGGGGCAGCAGCAGCAAUAGUCAGAACAGCAGCAGCACAAGCGGGAGCAGCAGCAGUCGCGGCCAGUGCGAGGGCAACGGCAGUGAGACCGCUCACGCAAAUGGCAGCAGCAACAGGAGCGAGGGGCGUCUUCUUCCCGAGGGCGAGGAAACCCCCUCAGAGCUAUCUGAAGGAACGGAGGAGCAGCGCCGGCGUCUGUGGCAUCUCGAGGAUGUUCGCGAGGACACGGAUAUAUUGGAAAAGCCCAAAUUUUCGAAAGGAGCUGACUGGGAGUCGUUCGAGCGACCCCUUGGAGUGGUUGAGCAGGCCCUUCUUCUGUCAAAAUCACGGUCACUAAUCGAAGGCAACCCCUGCAACGAUCCUCUGGCGUUGGAGGAAGUCGGCGCAGUGGUCUCGCGCGCGUUGGUAUUACCUCCCUCUGGCAGUGACAGCCGCAUCAGCACCAGCACCAAGGAAUACUAUCGUGCACGUUUGCAUGCCCUGGAGCAGCAACCCCCCGACGAGUUUCUUCCUGAACCCAAUUGCCAGCUGCUGUCGCCCGAUUGGGUGGUCUUUUCUGGAGGCCUUUGGCUGCGCUGCCGCACAGAGUUUCAUCGGACAAAGACAGUGGAACGCGCGUGCCUGCAGCUGCAUGCUCUCUGCGAACAGCUUUACGACGCGGACCCCCCCGGCUGUUACCGCCUCUUUGGAUUGCUCUUCCAUGCGGAUUUGCUGAGCUGGUGGGAGCUGCAGCGCGAAGUGGGCGUAAGGAUGAUGCGGAUCGGAGCUACCCUUACGGCCGCAGAGAAGUUCACUGAGCUGAAGAUGUGGGAGGAAGCUGCCGAUUGCCUCGUUGCUGCAGACCGCCGCGCGGAUGCGCGAAGCCUGCUCGAGAAACAAAUCGCCGCGCACCCAACGCCGCACCUGCUCUGCACCCUUGCAGAUUUGGAGAAGCAGCAGAACACUCAAAGGGCAGAGGAUUUAUAUACUCAGGCCUGGACGCUUUCCGGUGGUCGCUACGCACGUGCUCAGCGCGGUCUAGCCAGCCUUCACCUGCAGGCAGGGCGGUUGCCUGCCGCAGCUGCUGCUCUCCGUCUGGCAACCGCAGCCAAUUUGCUGCUGGAGGCCCGCGCCGCAUUCGCACGUGUUGUUGCCAUUGAUCCUGAAGAGGGAGAUGCGUGGGCAAACCUUGCCGCUCGGGAAGCCUGGGCGGCAGCGUUCCAGUGUAUCAACGAGGCGGCGAAGCACAAAAGGGAAAACUGGAUGGUCUGGGAGACCUUUAUCUCGAUUUCCGUCCGCUUGAGAGACGUUCAGGCAAUCGCAAGAGGCCUCAGGAUGCUCGUGCAAAUUAAUGCCAAGGCGCAUAUCGAUCCCUGGAUCUACAGUUUUCUAGAGGAGUUGGUUUCAUUUGAGCUUAAGCGUCUGGCCUCACGGACAUCGGAGGACAGUGAAGAUAGAGCUGAGGAUGGCAAGGUGCCCGGCGUCCUUCGCCAAACUCUCAGCUGUCUUCAAUUCCUCGUGCAGCACGUAUCUGAUUCUGCCGAGCUCUUUCGUGUGUACGGGGUUCUCCUCCUAAAAGCGCAAAAACCUGCGGAAGCUGUGUACAACUGGUUGAAGGAGUUCCGAACCCUCCAGGCUGAAUUGACCAGAGGAAAUGCCUCGAUUUCCUGUAAAUUAGAGCUAACAAACAAGCAGAUCUCAUGUUUGGAGAGAGCGCUCUCUUUAUUGGAGACGUUUAGCCCCCAAAGCGAGAGACGAAACGAUCUGCUACAGCAGAUGAAAACGACCGUUGAAACGCACCAGAGCCGGAUAAUCCCGGAGGCCGAUGUAGCCAAGGAACGCCACGAACAGCAGCUGGCGAGAGCGUUUUUGACCCAGUGGGAAAGAUUAAUUCUCAUUAUUAAGACGGCCCCCGAUCACGUAACCGCUACAGCUAUUGCUGCCGUCUACGGCCCACGCACGCUGACUCUACAUACAUCCUUGGGGCUAAUUUCUUCUGGUCUAACACUACCUGGGCUUGGCGUCCUUAUCAGAUAA